CAAGCUGCUGUCGGCAAGCGCUCUUAUCAUAAAUUGCGAGCCAUCUAAACUUGAGCUCAUACCUCCACACAGCUAGUACAAGCAUGCUUCUUCGUGCCCAGCAAACCAAGGCUUUCCGGCCCGUGCAGUCUAAGCGCGAGGCUGUGAGGGUCCAUGCUGCGAAGCGGGAUGGCGUGGAUGUAAAGUCUGGCUUGAUGGCUGCCGUCGCGGCCGCGGCUCUGCUGGUUGGCAGCCCCAGCGUCAACGCCGCCACCAUGGCCGAGGCGGCUGCCGAGCGCGAGCAGCUGAUUAACAGUGAGAAGCAGCAACUGGAGUACAUCCUGGCGCAGCAGGAGAUCGCGCGGCGGGCGGCGCUGCUGGCGCAGCGCAAGGCUGUGGAGGCGCAGGUGACCAGCGUGGAGAACCAGCUGCAGCAGAAGCUGACGGAGCAGCGUGCCAACGCCCUGGCGGCGGAGAAGCAGGGGGACAAGCAGCUGGCUGACAGCUUCAAGGCCAACACCGCGCAGCUGGAGGAGAAGGCGGCUCAGGUGCAGAAGGCCGCCGCCCAGAUCGAGAGCCGUCUGGACCGGGUGGAGAUGCUGCAGAAGGCCAAGGCCGUGGCGGAGCGGCAGCAGGUGCAGCGCGCGGCUCAGGACGCCACCGAUGACGUCAAUGUGGUCCUAGACAAGUGGAUUGAGAGCAUCAGCAACCUGAAGUAAGCUCUACUGUUGAAUGACAACUUCAUGUACGGGAGUCAUGCCGAGGAUUUUGCGGGCCGGACGCUUGGCGGCUUGUCGGGGGGGGGGGGGGGCGGAGAGCCUGGGAGGGGUUUGGUUUGGGGGAGGGUCGUGUCACCGAAGAGCGUGCAACAGCCGCUGUUGGCUGGUAUGCGCCUCAA